AUGAGGAUAAAGGGAAGAGAAAAUGUUGAGAUCAUCCACCUCAAUCGAUUUGUUGAGGAGUAUGUCAUCGAGGAUUUGCCACGAAUUUCUGAGAAUUUCAUUUCAUCCAAACAAUCAGCGUUGGAAUUUGUAUUCCCAACUCUCCAAGAGAGUAGAAGAAUUUUCCUUUGGAAACACCUCAAACUAGAACGAGUCUGUGUUCUUCCAUUUUCACCCCUGCUUCUUUUUUACAAUUUUCCUUUGGAAACACCUCAAACUAGAACGAGUCUGGUAUCCAAUUACAUUCAUUUCAGUUUUGUGGAAAGGUGCUCGAAGGCUCUUCCAUUUUCUUCCGUCGGUUUUCCUUUCUCUUCCUCUCUGUUUCUGUGCUUUUCUCCCUGCGUCAAUCCUUCGUGUUUCCCUGCUUCUCUCCGCCUCCUCCUUCGCUCAAGAACCACUGGUCAAUCUGGUUUCUCUGGCUUCUUCCGAUGGCGGCCAAGAUUUCUUCAUGGAGGAGAUGAUGAUGGAGGUCAAUCGGAUCUUGAAUACGAUUUCUACCGCGAGACUUGCCCAGAAAUUGAGACCAUUGUGAGGUCGACGAUGGCGCAGAUUUACUCCCACCAGAAGAAUGUCUCUGCUCAGCUGCUGCGCCUCAUUUUCCAUGACUGCUUCAUUCAGAGGGAUCCAUUUCAACAAUUUUGAAUGAAUUGAAUGUAGGAAUACCAAGACAAGGUAAUAUCAUGAGACUUGAUUUGUUUGACCAUGAAAGUAUGAGUAGGAGACCAAGAUGGGGGAUUAGUCUUGCCUGUCAAAUAAUGGUUUGCAUUGUUCUCUCAAUUUUGGGUAUAAUUCUGCAACAUAAUUUAACGAUCCUAGAACUCUUUGGAGUUGAGUUUUGUCAAUGAUUUCAUCUGAGAAUUUAUCAGCAAACUGGAUGACUCUGUUAUGGGUUGGAUUGUUGACUGAUAAAGCCAUUUGAAUCAACAAGUCAAGCCAUGUGAACGCAGCCAGUCACCAUGCCAGUCACCAUGUGAAGAAUUCGGUCAUCAUUUCAAGACACCAUGUGAAUCAUUCAGAUGUUAUUUGCAUAGUAAAAGCAAGGAAUCAAUUAGUCAACAGGAAUCACUUAGCACGUUCUACAGUAAAAGCAAAAAUUAUUUCGACAAGUUCACUAUUUAUCAACAGUAGAAACAAGUCAUCUUCCAUCCCGUGCUUCAACAGUAUAGAACUCAAUCAUUCAAUUCUCCUUUUCUAAGUCUAUAAGAGGAAGACUCUGAAGACAAUAUAUAUAUAUAUAUAUAUAGUUUCCACUGAUUAGUUUUGAUGAAUGCUUUUAUACCGUGCCACACUUUUACUUAUGAUUAUAAGUAUUUAUUGAGGAUGUUGAGAUUUAUGGGACUAUUAUGGCAUGUUUAUACAUAUUUUUAUCUGUUCAAUUCAUGCUUACACCGGUGAUUAUAGUACUCGUAUGAGCCAAGGCCAACUUCACGUGUAUGUUCAUAUUGCAUUGUUACGCUCAUUAUGGAUCCAUUGAAGGUGCUAGCCUAUACUAGUUUGCAAUAGGCAACUAGGACUCAUAUGUGAUGCGCUUAGCGCCAACUUUAUGCAUAUGUAAUACUUAUGCGUAGAUUAUUACACCUAGCCUGAUCCAUGUAGCUACGUUCUGCAUCACGUUGUGUGUUUGUAUAAUUGUGAUGAGCAUGCUAUUUUAUAUAGUUGAGAUGUUAUGGUUUAUCGUA